AUGCAUCCGCAGGCGCCGCUGCUGGAGAUCCACACAGAGGAGACAAGGAGGAGUCGCUCUCGACGCAACAGUGGGGUCAACUCCUUUUGCACUACUAAUAACAAGGAGACUCGGUGCUGCCGCUACCCAAUGGUCGUCAACUUUGUCGACUUAGGUUGGGACUUCAUCGUCGCCCCCAAGGUAUACGAGGCCAACUUUUGUAACGGUGAAUGCCCUUUCCUUUACGCCCACAAAUACGCCCACACCACCCUCAUGCAGAAGCUCAACAGCACCAGCGCCAAACACGGCCCUUGUUGCGGUGCCAGAAAACUUUCGCCCAUGAAGAUGCUCUACUAUGAUCAUGACCAUAAAAUCAAAUUCGACACCAUCCAAGAUAUGGUAGUAGACCGCUGCGGCUGCUCCUAAGCCCCUCCACGGCUCCACAACUAACUCGUUCUUUCCAAUAAAGAUCUGUGAUGGAGAGUAGAUAUAAAUUAGGCUAGUAUUCCAGUAUCCAGUCCAAGCACAUAUUUUUUACUGCUCUCAUUAGAAUUAAUGAUAAAGUCCAGAAGCUAAUUAAUACAGCUAGUGAUAAUUAAAAUGCAAUAUGUCGUUGUUACACAUAAACUGCCACUUGUCAGUCAAGGAGCCUUCUGGGGCUGGCCUUUUGUGCCCUGGCUACCACGGCCGUCUCACCUCUCCUAAGAACAUUAAUGAUUUUGGCCUCUACUGUCUUGAAUGUUCUCUCGUUGUAAACAAGUUCAGUGAAUGCAUAGACAAAUGGUGAUAAAACUUUCGGAUAUAUACACAAUCACACACACACACACACACACACACACACAC